ACUGACAAUAUAGUUACAAAAUUUUAGUACAUUUAUUUUUGUUUUUUAUCAAAAUGUACAAAGGGUUUUCGCGAAUAUGGACUGUUUAUUGUGUAGAUAGGUUACAACCGUGCUUUUCCCCUUUUGUAACUAGUGUAUUCAACUCUCGAAAUGGAAAACUUGAUAAUAUAGGUUAUGUUUUUAAGAGAACCAAGAAACAUGAUAGAGGUAAUCCCUCAGCUCUAUUCGUUCCUGUGCCAGUGAAACCUAAUCCUGAUGAUAUAAAUGUAGGAGAAGAAUUCACAGGACGUUUAAAAAAGCAAGAUCUGUUAAAAAUAUUAAACAAGUUUUAUCAAAAGCCAGAGAUUCGAUUACUUGCAUCAGAAAAUGGACUUGAUGAUCAGUUACUGCAUCAAGCGUUUUUAUCAUUUAGAAGACAUUGUUUAGAACAUGAUUUACCUCCGGACUUACAUAUAACAAUAAGUGAUAUCUUAGUUGGUGCCGGCCAUGUAGAUGAUUUGUUUCCAUACUUCCUUAGACAUGCUAGACUUGCAUUUCCACACCUUGACUGUUUAGAUGAUCUUAAGAAAAUUUCGGACCUAAGGACUCCGGCUAGUUGGUAUCCUCAGGCUCGUAAUAUGAAUAGGAAAAUAAUUUUCCAUGCAGGACCAACAAACUCUGGCAAGACUUAUCAUGCUAUGGAAAGGUUCCUUACAUCAAAAUCAGGUGUCUAUUGUGGACCAUUAAAAUUAUUAGCUACCGAAAUAUAUCACAAAUCCAAUAGUAAGGGUACUCCUUGUGAUUUAAUCACUGGUGAAGAACGACGGCAUGCUACUCAAUACACAACUCUCAUAGAUAGUAAAGAUGAUACAGAACCAGAAACUGAGAAAGAGUCUUAUUUGCUUGAUGAACCAGAACUUACACCAUCAAAACAUAUUGCAUGCACAGUUGAAAUGACAUCUUUGAAUGAUACAUAUGAAGUUGCCAUUAUUGAUGAAAUCCAGAUGAUUGGUGACAGAGGAAGAGGCUGGGCAUGGACAAGAGCUGUUUUAGGUUUACAAGCUGAAGAAAUACAUUUGUGUGGUGAAGCGGGUGCGAUAGGUCUUAUAGAAGAAAUUUGUAAUACAACUGGUGAGGAAAUGGAUGUGCGCUCGUAUAAACGGUUAACCGAACUGAAAGUGGAAGACUCGGCUCUGAGCUCGCUGGACAAUGUGCGCGCUGGCGACUGUAUAGUGUGUUUCAAUAAGAACGACAUUUACAGUGUAAGUCGAGCGAUAGAACAGAGAGGACAUGAAGUGGCUGUAAUAUACGGAAGUCUACCACCAGGAACAAAAUUAGCGCAAGCGAACAAAUUCAAUGAUCCAGAAAGCUCUUGUAAAGUGAUGGUCGCCACAGAUGCUAUCGGACUUGGUAUAAAUUUGAGUAUACGAAGGAUAAUAUUUUAUUCACUCAUUAAACCCGUAAUAAAUGAGGAUGGUGACAAAGAAAUGGAUGUUAUCAGUAUAUCUCAAGCUCUACAAAUUGCAGGUCGGGCCGGUCGAUACGGUAGUGCCUGGGAGACAGGGUACGUCACCACAUUCAAACCGGAAGACCUCGCUACGUUGAAGACGCUGCUCGCUCAACCCCCGGACCCCAUCACUCAAGCGGGGUUGCAUCCUACGGCCGAACAGAUGGAGUUGUACGCUUACCAUCUACCUCACGCUAGCCUUAGUAGUUUAAUGGAUAUAUUCGUCCACCUGUGCACCGUGGACGACUCGCUCUACUUCAUGUGCAACACGGAGGCGUUCAAGUUCCUCGCAGAGAUGAUCCAGCACGUGCCGCUGGCGCUGCGCGCGCGGUACGUGUUCUGCUGCGCUCCCAUCAACAACAAACUGCCCUUUGUUUGCGCCACCUUCCUUAAGAUGGUUCGUCAAUACAGUCGCAAUGAGCCAAUCACUAGGAACUGGAUGAGUAACGUAGUGGAUUGGCCGUUACCGUCACCUAAGACCAUUAUGGAUUUAGUUCAUCUCGAAGCUGUUUUUGAUGUACUUGAACUGUAUUUGUGGCUCAGUUAUAGAUUUCCGGAUAUGUUCCCCGAUGUCAAGUUAGUUCGUGAAAUGGAAGUGGAAUUGGAUGCAAUCAUUCAACAAGGAAUUUUUCAAAUUACAAGGCUAUUGAGGAAUUCCGAGCAAGUGUUCCGUAGUGACACGGAUAUAAGUGAAAUGGGGAGAGGCAAGAAAACCGGGAAAAUGCAUACACAAGUCAAAAGCGACGAGUCGAAAGGAAAAUUGUCAGAUUUACUUGUUGCGAGGGGACUGAUAACGCCACAGAUGCUAAAGAAGUUGCAACAAGAAUUAACCACAGAUAAAACCGACCGAAGAAACAAAGGCGGUCGAAAUAGAAGAAAAUAGUUUUAUUAAUUAGUCGCGUAAAUGUUUUUGUUGAAUGAAUGCGGGAAAAAUUAAAGAAUAC